UCCCCUCCCAUUCCCACCAUCCAUUCUUCUACCCACCCUCCACUUUCAGUCCCUGCACUUAAGUAUUACUUAAAGAGCUGCUAAACCUCGAUGAGCCCCCACACAUCAUUGCAUCCUCUUCCAAGGCCGCCUCCUGCAAGGAAGCAGGGACCGCAGUGUUGGCUCUGAAGGGAUUGCUGUUGGAGUCUCCUGCACUAGUUGAAGGAUGGGCGACUUGGAUCAAUCAUCUGAGGAUGUCUCUGUAGAUUCCAGAGGUACCAUUUUUGCAACUGAUGGGAACAGUCAGGAUAUCAAGGUGGACUUCACAGAGGAUGAGGAGACACUGAUUGCCAGGAUGUAUGGUUUGCUUGGAGAUAGGUGGUCUCUGAUUGCUGGAAGGAUUCCCGGAAGAACAGCUGAAGAGAUUGAGAAGUACUGGACCUCCAGAUACUCGAACAGCGAAUAACGAUGGGCACUUCCUUCUGGACUACUUCUCAGAGGGUAAGGGCAGUUCUUUGUGUACUACUUCGGAGGGCAAGCAAUUUUGGAUGGUGGCCUGCUUCUGUGUCUCAGGAAUUUCAGCUUGCAUUCAUGUCUGUGUAAAGUAGUUCUUGGGUCAUUUCUGGUGUUGUUGUUUAUUGCUAUUUCAGUUGCUAAGAGAGAAGGAAAUAUCUUGUCUCCAUGUUACUAUUUUGUACAACAAUCCUUCAUAUGUUGGUCUGGUCUGUAAUAGAGAAAUUAAUGGAGUGCCAUGGAUUGCCACUGAAUUCUAUAGCUUUGAGAUGGA